AUGUAUUGGUCCAUGAUCUUGAUUGACCCACAUCUGUUGAUCCCCAAGGAUAUGCCAGGCAUCCCACUUUUACUAGAUUGCACGCUUCAUUUAUUCCCUGCUGUGUUUUUAUGGAUCGAUUUUUUGGCAUUUGAGGUUGAUUUUAAGCGGUCCAAUACACACGUGGGAGUCAUUUAUGGAUUUGCUGCCUUUUACUUUUGCUGGUCUUGGUAUUGUUAUCAGGUCAACGGAUUCUGGGCAUAUCCUUUCUUGGCUGAAUUUUCUUUGCCCAUGCGUGUUGCUUUCUUUGCUGGUUCUGGUGUAUUUUGUUGGGGAAUGUACGAAUUUGGAGCAAAGCUUCAUUACAAGCUUCAUGCUAAAGCCAACCAAGCCGCCCAUCAAUUGAAGCAAAAGAAUUCUCGUUUAACUCAAUAA